AUGGUAAAUCCAUGUUUUGGAACUGAUAACUCCUCAAAACUACUUUCUGAAUACUAUACUCGGCGAAAAUGUGAAGAUCUUGUCAAUGAGCGCGACGAUGUGCAGAGCCAUCAAAAACUCAAGGAGGAUAAUCUCUAUGACGACUACACUAUUGAUGAAGAUUACCAUAUAGAACCAUACGAAACGAGCGAUGUCCAUGUCUACGAUUACGAACCUGAGUCCACUCACUACGAGUACACCACUCCUAGAUCAUACGAAACUCGAAACUACGGAGAUGAACAAGUAAUUGAAAGGACUACCUACCUCAGGGAUAAGGUGCCCUUUUAUGGAGAGACUACGAAUCGAUCCGAGUACACAUGGAACGAUCCAGUGUUCAGUAAAACUAAAACCUACGACAACACGAGCGUGGAACGUCCUAAUCCAACUUUUUACUCCGAAACAACCAAUAGAGCAGUGUAUUCUCCAAAAGUUGUACGGACAGUCAUUGAAAGAAAUCAAUCUGAAGGUAAGGUGGAGCGACCGCAUAUUCCGUUCUACUCCGAUACAACGAAUCGAUCUGAAUAUGUUGAGAAGACCGUCGUUAGGCAAAGUCCGCAACGGAAAUCAUCUUCUAUGGGCACUACUCGGAUUCCAUUUGAAUCGGAGACCACUAAUACGGCAGAAUUUACAUCAAAGGAAAGCUCGGCAACACGAUGGACACUGGUGGUUUCGGGAAGCAUACCGUACACCGAUGAAGAACAAGCAGAAUACUAA